CCGCCAGAGGAGAGCAGUCAUGCUCCCAGUGGAAGAUGGCGGUGGGGAUGCUGUCUGGGGCUGGAGCUGAGAGCUGGAUUUGGACAAGAAGUGAACGCGGAUGGAUAUAAAGGAAAAAAAGUGAACAUGUCCCAGUGUGAUUUGGUCGAGGUCUGGACUCUUUCGGGGCUGUUUAAUUAAAAUCUGCUGCCUUUUCUCUGGCUCAAAUCCGGGCUUCUUGUCGGGGACUCGGAGUGUACAUUGAUAGCUCGGCGCAGACACAGGGUGGGAGUGAAAAGUGGACAAAAAUGUCGGAUACAAAGGUAAAAGUUGCAGUGAGAGUUCGGCCUAUGAACCGCAGGGAAAUUGAACUGAAUACAAAAUGUGUCGUGGAUAUGGAGGACAACCAAACAGUUUUACACCCACCACCCUCAAAUGCAAAAGGAGAAAACAGGAAACAACCGAAGGUGUUUGCUUUUGACCACUGUUUCUGGUCCAUGGAUGAGUCCAAUGUUCCCAAAUAUGCUGGUCAAGAGGUGGUGUUCAAGUGCCUUGGAGAGGGGAUACUUGAAAAUGCAUUCCAGGGAUACAAUGCCUGCAUAUUUGCCUAUGGACAAACAGGUUCAGGAAAGUCCUUUUCCAUGAUGGGGAAUGGGGAACAACCAGGUUUGAUUCCACGACUUUGCUGCUCGCUGUUUGAGCGGGUCCACAAGGAGGAGAAUGAGGCCCACACUUUUAAAGUGGAGGUUUCCUACAUGGAGAUCUAUAAUGAGAAGGUCCGUGACCUGCUGGAUCCCAAAGGGAGCCGACAGUCGCUUAAGGUUCGAGAACACAAAGUCCUGGGUCCAUAUGUGGAUGGUCUGUCUCAACUGGCUGUGACCAGCUUCGAGGACAUUGAAGUGUUAAUGUCAGAGGGGAACAAGUCACGGACAGUUGCAGCCACAAACAUGAAUGAAGAGAGCAGCCGAUCACACGCCGUCUUCAGUAUCAUUGUUACACAAACACUCUACGAUCUGCAAUCCGGGAAUUCAGGGGAGAAGGUGAGCAAGCUGAGUCUGGUCGACCUGGCUGGAAGUGAACGAGUGUCCAAGACUGGGGCUGCUGGGGAGAGACUCAAAGAGGGCAGCAAUAUAAACAAGUCUCUUACCACUUUAGGAUGUGUGAUUUCUGCUCUGGCUGAUCAGUCUGCAGCAAAGGGGAAGGCAAAGUUUGUGCCUUACAGAGACUCAGUCCUCACCUGGCUAUUAAAGGAUAAUCUUGGUGGCAACAGCAAAACAGCCAUGAUUGCCACAGUAAGUCCAGCAGCUGAUAACUACGAGGAGACUUUGUCAACUCUCCGUUAUGCGGACAGGGCCAAGAGAAUCGUCAACCAUGCCGUAGUGAAUGAAGACCCCAAUGCUCGGAUCAUCAGAGAGCUCAGGGAAGAGGUGGAGAAGUUAAAAGUUCAGCUCUCUCAGGCAGAGUCCUUGAAGGCUCCUGAGUUGAAGGAAAAACUGCAGGAAUCUGAGAAACUCAUUCAGGAGAUGACUAUUACCUGGGAGGAGAAACUGAGGAAGACAGAGGAGAUUGCCACGGAGCGUCAAAAGCAGUUGGAGAGCAUGGGCAUCUCUUUGGAGACAUCUGGGAUUAAAGUGGGUGAAGACAAGUGUUUCCUCGUCAAUCUGAAUGCUGAUCCUGCCCUGAAUGAGCUACUGGUCUACUACCUGAAGGAGCACACACGUGUGGGUGCAGACACAACUCAGGACAUCCAGCUUUUUGGGAUCGGUAUCCAGCCGGAGCACUGUGUUCUGGAGCUGUGCCCAGAUGGUGAUGUAACCCUGAUGCCCAUCGGGAAUGCCAGGACCUGUGUGAAUGGAACAAUGAUUGAUUCUUUGGUGCAUCUGUGGCAUGGAGACCGAAUUUUAUGGGGCAACAACCACUUCUUCAGGAUUAAUCUUCCUAAACGUAAACGGCGGGACCGUUUGAAGGAGCUGGAGAGAGCGUCUCCCAGAGAGAGCUUCAUCGAGGCAGAUGUGGAGACUGCCAGCGAGGCGUCUUCUGAGCAGGACUACAGCUAUGAGUUCGCCCAGAUGGAGGUCAUAAUGAAGACGCUGGGGAACAACGACCCAAUGCAGAACGUGGUCCAGGUUUUGGAGAAGCAGUACCUGGAGGAGAAGCGGACCGCUCUCGAGGAGCAGAGGAUGAUGUAUGAACGAGAGCUUGAGUCACUACGGCAACAGCUGUCCCCUGAGAAAACGCUGCAGCAUCACCGAAGCAGCAGCGACCGCCUUAUGUUCCCAACGCACACACCACACAGCAAACUGCGGCUGUGGACAGAGGAGAGAGAUGAGCUCUUUCGUCAGAGCCUUUCUCGACUCAGGGAGCAAGUCGUGAAAGCCAACACCUUGGUGCGAGAAGCCAACUUCUUAGCAGAGGAGAUGAACAAACUGACAGACUAUCAGGUCACCCUUCAGAUUCCUGCAGCCAACCUCAGUGCUAACCGCAAGCGUGGAGCGAUAGUGAGUGAACCAGCCAUUCAGGUGCGAAGGAAAGGGAAGGGGACCCAAGUAUGGACCAUCGAGAAGCUGGAGAACAAACUGGUGGAUAUGAGAGACCACUACAGGGACUGGAAGGAGGGCACAGAGGACACAUGUAUCAAGGCAAACAGUAAACACUGUGACCCCUUCUAUGAGGCGCAAGAGAAUCACAACCUGAUAGGAGUGGCCAACAUUUUUCUGGAGUGCCUUUUCCAUGAUAUCAAACUACAAUAUGCUGUCCCCAUCAUCAGCCAACAGGGAGAGGUAGCGGGCAGGUUGCACAUCGAGCUGAUGCGAGUCAGUGGAGCUGUACCUGAACGCCUAUCAGGAGGAGACGACUCAUCUGAGAACUCCAGUGAGAGUAGCUGCUAUGAGGUCAUGGACACUAACGGGGAGAUUGUUCACAUGGCCAAGAGGCUCACCUGCAGGGUGCGGAUCAGGGAGGCGACAGGUCUGCCACUCAACCUGUCCAACUUCGUCUUCUGUCAGUACACCUUCUGGGAACAUGGCGAACCCACUGUGGCUCCCCCCAUGGUCAGCCCAGACAGACCCUCGUCUCGAAGCCCAGAUGCACAGUUUACUGUACAGUUUGAUCACUGCAAGGACUAUGUUGUGCAUGUGACAGAUGAGUUUUUGGAGUUUAUAUCUGAUGGUGCAUUGGCCAUAGAGGUAUGGGGUCAUCGCUGUGCUGGGAACGGUCGUUCACUCUGGGAAUUAGAUGCGCUCGAGGCCAAGACCCAGACGCUCCGAGACAGGUGGAGUGAGGUGUCUCGCAGGAUUGAGCUGUGGACCUCCAUCCAGGAGCUGAAUGAGCAGGGAGAGUACUCAUCCGUAGAGCUUCAUUCUGGAAAAGACAUCAGCACCGGAGGAGUCUUCCAACUCCGACAGGGUCACUCCAGGAGGCUGCAGGUGUGUGUGAAGCCGGUCCAAAACUCAGGCACUCUUCCUCUGCUGGUGGAGGCGGUGUUGUCUGUCUCUAUUGGCUGUGUGUCAGCUCGCUCCACCAAACUACAAAGACCCCUCGACAGCUACCAGAGAGAGGCGGAAGACGAUAUGGAUAGUUAUCAGGAGGAAGAUCUUAACUGUGUCCGAGAGCGGUGGUCAGAAGCCCUGAUCAAACGGCGCGAGUACCUUGAUGAGCAAAUCAAGAAAAUCAUCAACAAACACGAAAAGUCAGAGGAGGACAUUGAGCGUGAAGCCCGGCUGGUGGAACAGUGGGUCGGCCUGACUGAAGAGAGAAAUGCUGUGUUGGUCCCUGCACCAGGCAGUGGUAUCCCUGGAGCCCCUGCUGACUGGACACCACCUGCAGGAAUGGAGGCUCACGUUCCUGUCCUCUUCCUAGAUUUGAAUGCGGAUAAUCUGACGGUAAAUGAACAGCUGACCGGCCCACAUGCUGCAGGCGUUAACUCUAUCCUGCCCAAGGAGCAUGGAAGCCAGUUCUUCUAUCUGCCCAUCAUCCGACACAGUGAUGAGGAGGUGUCAGCAGUGUGCUCCUGGGACUCAUCCAUCCAUGAUUCCGUGCACCUCAACCGGGUCACGUCUCCUAACGAACGCAUCUACCUGAUAAUCAAAGCCACGGUGCAACUCAGCCACCCUGCAUCCAUGGAGCUGGUGCUACGCAAGAGGAUCGCUGUCAACAUUUACAACAAACAGAGUUUUACUCAGAGUCUCAAGAGAAGAAUGUCUUUAAAGAACACGCUUUACUCCUGUGGUGUAAUUUAUGAGAUCGUUUCAAACAUACCAAAGGCCUCAGAAGAGCCAGAGGAGAGGGAAACUUUGGCCCUCAUGGCAGCUCGUGGAGACAGUGAGGAGACUCAGGAUGGAGAAACGUACAUCGAAAAGUACACUCGUGGAGUUCUAGAAGUGGAGAACAUUUUGAGUUUAGAACGACUACGGCAGGCUGUGACGGUAAAGGAAGCUCUUGCUGCUAAGGGAAGACACCUAAGAAGGAGUAUCAGCACACCAAAUGUACAGCAUUCCUCAUGUAGCAAAACAGACCUGACUGGGUGUGAGGAUGAAGACUGUAAGGAUCACUGUGAUCACGUGGACAGCUCUAUCUGCAACACCCAGGAUGCUUCCGUUUGUACAACACCCAUUAAAUGCAAGGAGAACCAAGGCUUGGUUCCAGACAGUCCCACAUUUUUUAACUCCAGCCCAUUUAAGGUCCUCUCCCCUCAGCCGCCCAAGUUCCUGAAGUCUCUACUGCCGGUCAAAGAGGAGAACAAGGUGAAGAAAGCCCUGGAGGCCAGGCCGCUACUGGGACAAGAGAGCAUGUGCUCAUGUGUGGACAGCCCUGCACUGCUCCCCCCUCCCUGCCCUUGGCGCCGACCCAGGGCAGGCAGCGAGGGCCACUGUAAGCCUUCCACCUCCACCUCCACCCCCACCUCCACCUCCACUCCCACCAGCAGACAGCUCAGCCACACACUGCCACACACUGCUCAGGACUCUGAGGAGGAGGAGACAGAUAUGGACAUGAACCUGGACCAGGGCUCUCAGGACCAUAGCAGCUUCCAGACAUACAUCCCAGAAGACUUUGCAAACUUUGAUAUUUAUAAUGCCACUCUGGAGAGCCAGGAGGGGUUUCUAUCCACUCGUUCUGACUUGAAAGCAAAUCGGUGCGGAGGUGGAAGUGGGGAGAGAGAAGUGUCUCGAAGCCCCACGGCGAGCAGUUGCACUAGCGGAUACUUUUCACACAGUGCCUCCAAUGCCACACUAUCCGACAUGCCUUUCAGUGCCAGUGAGAGCUCUGACCACCUCAGCUGCACCUCCAGAGACCCUCAUGAUCCGUUGAGCUGUCCCACUGGAAGAGGCUGCACUCAAACCAAAAGUGUUUCUGCAGGGAGUGACACCCAGCAGUCUCCUCCCUCAGCAGCUCCUUCCUCACCUAUCAGUAUUCCUAAUUGCACAGAAAAGCAGCAAACAUUCCCUCUGCCACAAAACUGUGUUCUUAGUGCCAGCCAGGAGUUCACUGACUUUAAAGGGGCUGAUGAUAGUGUUGGAGAAGCUGAAUUAACACAUUUUACAGAGGGAUGGGAGCAGGAGGGUUUGAAAUUCUCUGCAGACCAGGAAAAGAAACUGGAUAGUGUAGAAGCAUGUGAAACUGGCAAUCAAAACUCUUCUGAUAUCUUUGAUAGGAUCAAGACUUCUAUUCCUGAAAACACUUCAACUGCAAUAUGCAAAUGUCCUGAUAAUAAAGACCCUGUUGCUGAACUUGGACCCUGCCCUAACACAAAUGUAGUUUGCACUUCAGUCAGAGCUCCAGUAUCUGAGCCUGACAAAGUCCCAGCUCCAGCUCCAACCUCAGUAAUGUCCUCAGCCUCAGUCCCACCUCCAGCAUCACCAUCACAGAUGACACAUUCAUCCACAGCCCUGUCCUCUGCCCCACCCCAGAGAGGAGGAGGUGAACCUCCCAUCUGUGAGCCGGCACAGGGAGAUCUGCCUCAUGGGAGUCCUUGUCCCAGCCCGAACCCCAGUAGUGCAGAGCCCUCUGGGGACUCCAGCGGGGACGAGAGCACCCCUGUAGCGCAGCUUCCUGACUGGAUGGCCCCUGGAGAGCAAGUGUGGGUGGGGAAGCGGAGGGGAACGGUCCACUAUGUUGGAGGUGUGGAAUUCGCCAAGGGGAUUUGGAUUGGUGUGAUGCUGGACCUGGCAGUGGGUAAGCACAACGGGACGGUCCAGGGCAGAGUGUACUUUCGAUGCCCCCCAGGCCACGGAGUCUUUGUGAAACCAUCUCGACUCACCAGAGGACCGCCCUCCAUGGACACAGAACCCCAGACUCUGAUCAGAUAGGACCCAAAGAAUCGUUCUGAGGAAUGGCAGGGACCUGACGUCGGUCCUCAGAUCUAGUAACAUUUGGCUCUUCUCCUUCCAUCCCUCGACCCACCACUCACAUCUCUGUGCUGACAUAGUCUCCUGAUGUGUUUGCUUUCCUAAAGCAUUUCUGACCCGUUCAUUUAAUGAAGGUUUAUCCAAGUUACUGUUCACUGAAAAUUCUCUAUGCACAUAUCCUCGGAGUUUUCUAUCAUAUUUUUGAUAGCAAACAAUUUUUAAGGGGGGUCCAUAUGGAAAUAUUACCCACACAUUUUCUUACAUUAGUUUCUGAGCAAUAUAUAUAUUAUUUUUUUAUAAGGCAAUGAAUCCUUCCCCUGAGGCUCAUAUGCUGCUUUUCCACUGACAGUAUCAGGUCAACUUCCAUCAGCUUUGGCUCAGUUUUGGCACCAGCACAUCCCAUUUUCUUUGCAGGUAUAGUAGCCCCUCAGUGUGGUGGUUCUUGUAGCAGCACAAAGACAACAGAUUACAGCACUACCUUCAUCAUGAUUUUAGUUACAGCCAACACAACAACACUGGAAGAGUAGUGAGGUACAACUGUUAAAAUAAAUCAUAGUUUCAAGGACAAAAAUAUAGUUUAAAUUUCAAACAUGUGGCCAGUUUAUGAAGGUAAAGCCUACUGGAAAAUUUGCUUUGAGAUUACUAGCUUCCUCUAAGCUGUUAUGCAACAUGAUAGCGAUUCUGAAUCAACAAAUAUCUGAUCUGCCACACUACUUCAACUCACUUGGAACUUUAACAAAGGAAGAAGUGACAAAAA